CUGCAAUUUAAAAUAGUUUAAUAAAGACUGUGUGGGAGGUGAGUCUAAUAGCAGGGAGGACUAUGUAACCCAUUACAUGAAAUACAAAAUCAGGAGGUCUCAUGCAUCGGUCUGAUAAUUGAAUUGCCUUGUAUUUGACAUUAAGUAUCUUUGACAUUUAAAACUAUCAGGUUUGAGAAUUGAAUGAUGAACCCGCCAGAGGGUCCAUUAAAGGGAAUGCUUGUUAUUUUAAAGUGUUUUGGUUGUCUGUGAGUGUGACCCUGGGUUAUGUCCCAUGUAACUGAAAUAACACUUAAAUAUAUAUAUUUAGAAAAUAGAUUUCUGAGUAAGUAUUUAUCAGUGAGGUUGCAGUCGGUACACAUUGGGUUUACAAUCCUACUUUUAGUUUAACGACCCGCUAAUAUCCAAUGGGUGUUUUUGUUUGUCCCAAAUGCCUAAAAGUAAAGUUUGAGACACUAUAAUCUUCAAACUACAGACUUUAGUACAGCUGCAAGGUAAGAUUUAAGCAUCAACACACCUGCCCAGAUUAUUUAAAUUUAUCUUCUCAACAGGUGAGAGCAUGUUCAGACUUUAGUUUAAUCAGCUAACGCGAUUGGAAGCAGCUGUGAUGGGUGCAGACAUUUAUACACACUGAUAAGUGACUACAGUUACCUAACAAUACACGCUAUAAGACAACUCUUGCGUCAUAAUUCCGCGCCGCGUGCGAGCGAGCGAUACAACUGUGGAGGACAUCGAGCAUGGGGCGCCUUGGAGGUUUACUGCUUCUGCUCACGCCUUUGAGCUGGUGUCAUAUUUGGGGAGUCUCAGGUGCUGCAGCUCGUUCACCUUUCGCCUGCCACCAGCAGCAGGUGUUCAGGUGCAUCGAUGGCUCGUGCAUCCCGAGACCGAGUGUGUGUGACGGUUAUGCAGACUGUGAGGACGGCUCAGAUGAACAUCGCUGUGGUCACUUGUCGUGUAAGAAAGAUGAAUUUGCCUGCCGCAGCAGACUGUGUAUAGCUCCACAUUUGCGUUGUAAUGGCGUGGACGACUGUGGCGACUGGAGCGACGAGGCUUCCUGCCAGAACUGCACCGCCCCGGACUCCUCCUUCUCCUGCGGGCCGUCUGACAUCUGCCUGCCCAGAAACCAGCUGUGCGAUGGGCGAACAGACUGCAGAGACGGCCGGGACGAGGCUCGACAGUUGUGCCGUUUGUCCCGACCGCGCCCGCAGACCUCUCGUGCAUGCACGCCGUCUGAGUUUCAGUGUGGAGAUGGGCAGUGCAUCCGCCAGAGCUGGAGGUGUGACCUCUCACCAGACUGCUCUGAUGGCAGCGACGAGGACAACUGUGAUCAGAAUGAGUGUCUGGUCAAUAAUGGCGGCUGCUCUCAUCGGUGUGUGGACCAGCCGCUGGGUUUCCACUGUGACUGCCCCAACCACAUGAAGCUGGUCGGGGACAGCCAGUGUGAGGAGGUCGAUGCGUGCCUGGAGAGCGACGUCUGCGAUCAGCUCUGUGUUCACACGAAAGGCAGCCUCUCCUGUGACUGCAACAAGGACUACCAGAUGAACCAGACAACCAGAGAGUGCAAGGCCAAAGGGGAUGGGGCUCAGCUGGUUUUCACCUCUUCUAAAGGAAUACGUUGGAUAAGCACCACUGGCUCUGAGUACAGGGAACCAGCUCCACAUCUAUCAGGACCAGGGCCAGUGGCGGCUUUGGCCUCCAACCGAACACUGUACUGGGCUCGGCAAGGACAAGGCUCCGUAUACAGAGUCUCUGUGGAUGGAAAGACGGAGGAUUCGGUGUUGAUGCUGAAAUUUCAAGGUUCAGCGUCGGGCCUGGCUGUGGACUGGAUCCACCAGCUCCUCUACUGGACCAGUAUGGAGAGCGGUUCUGUUAACGUUGGCCUGCUCGACGGUUCGGCUCAGCGUCUGCUCAUCACUGGAUUGGACAAGCCUUCUGCGGUGGCUGUGGAUCCUCUCCAAGGGCUACUCUUCUGGGCUCAGUGUGGCAGCUCCCCAAAGAUUGAGAGAGCUGGCUUGGACGGUAGGGACAGGAUGGCUUUGGUGAUUUCCUUAUUACGCCAGCCUGUCGCAAUCUCUCUGGAUAUGCCUCGUCAGCUGCUGUACUGGGUUGACCAUGGAAUGAGAAGCAUCUCGAGAGUAAAUCUAGAGGGCCGUCAUCGCAAAACAGUGGUCGAGUCUAACGGUUAUCUGGACCGGCCCGUCGGACUGGCUGUGUUUGAGGGUUUCGUAUAUUGGAGUGAAGAAGUGACGCGCUCCAUCUGCCGAGCCAGCAAACACAACGGCGGCAACCUCCAAGUACUGCUGUCAAACGUCACCUCGCCGGGUGGUGUGGUCGUCAUUCAGCCUGUUCUCCAACCAAAAGGCCCAUCUGAAUGCGGGCAUCCCGGGACGGUGUGUGAGCACGGCUGUGUUGUGGACCUGCUGACUGAGAGUUUAGAGUUCAGCUGCACGCCUUCCGACGCUACAUUUGCUGGAAUCCUCUCUCUUAUCGUGUUUCUCAGUGUGCUGCUGGUGGGAAUGGCUCUGUGGUGGUGGAGAGAGGAGUUCAGGCCGUCCAGGUCUCUCACUGAGCAGAGCAUCUCCCUCAAAGAGUCCCAGGACCCGCUCCUCAUCCAGGGGCUGCACGGAACUCUGCUAAAGCUGGACCUGGACAGCGAAUGAAGAUGGCCAGCUGACUGGGGUUCACCCGGUGCUGUCUCCACCCACGCAGUGACCUCAGGGCUGCAGGUUGAAAUCACCAAAGAAGUGACGCGUUGGUAAAAACCAGAGUUCAGAUGGAGAAAAGGCUUUCAAACGGUAACUUCUGUUUUGAAGAAGUUGUACUUUCAGCCCUCCAGAAUUCCCCGUUGUUGUCGAUGAUGAUUUUUGUUUUUAUUUAUCGAACAAACAAACAUCAGAUUGUUUUGUUUUGAAUAUCAGCACGGAUGACAAUUUCGCCUUAUUUUACAAACCCUGCUUUUCUUUUUCCUCGAAGACGGUUAACUAAAUAUAUUUGGGUUUCAAACUGUUGAUCGUAAAAAUCAAACAAUGGGAGACUCCAUGUUUCAGUAUUUCCUGAGAUUCUACAGCCCGAAUGAUUAAUUGAUUAGUUGACAAUAAUUGAAACGGUGGCACUGCAGGUUUUUAUUUUAUUCUUAAGUAGCACUUUCCCGCUCAACAUCUGUCAUCUUAAUGCAAUCAAAAUAUACUUUUGCAAUAUUAUGGAUUUCUUUUUUUUUUUUUAACUUUCCAACAUCAAGCAUAAAUAUUAUGAAUAAUGUGACUUAAAAACUGGCGCUCCACUAGUUUGUUCUUGACCUCAGGAGUUUCACACUUCUUGGUUUGUCACUAAGAGGAUGUCUGCCUUGUUCCAUGAAUUUUUGGUGAAAUGCACUUAUGCCCUUUCUUGCCAAGAGUUAGACAGUGGUAUCGAUCUCCUCCUCUAUCGAUCUUCUCGUCCAAAUCCCUGUAUUAAGUGGUGGACGGACAGGCCGCCAUUUUCAUCCCGAGAGGGUUGAAACAUUGCCUUUGUUCAGACCAGGUACGUUUUGAGAGCUUUACUUCCCACGUGCAGAUACUCCAUUUGUCUUUCUGUCAUCAGUUAUUCUGCCCCUUGCCUACUGUAGAUAUAGGACAGAGUGUGCACACAACUAGCUGUAAAGUGUGAUGCAUAGUCAUAAGCUCGCAGUGAUGAGUGAUGCAACAUUAGGCAUCAGGCAAGAGGAAAAUGUCUCAAAGCUUUGAAUGUGGUGCUACAAUGGACACGAAUGUGUUUUGUCUUGUUGCAUGUCUCCUUGAGGUUUGGUUUUGCUCUUGUGCACAGAGCUGGUGUUUUGGUUGAUCAACCUGCCUUGUUUGAAUUCAGUGUUUUUGUGUUGUUUUUGUUAUUUUAGUCUCAAAGAGAGUCUGUUGGACCGAUAUAUAUCCAUCCGCAAUAAGUGAGAGAUAAUUCUGUGCUCAAACUGCUGCUGAAUUGUGUGGUUGGUAUUUAUUUCUAACAAAGUUUUAUUUAUUUUCGGUGAUUAUGACAUAAAAUGUAGUACUUUAUUUGCACCAUGGAUAUAACUGUUAAAUGCUGUAAAUUAAUGAAAUAAAGUAUUUUUUGUUUCUUCCCUACAUAUUUCUCCAUAAAUCAAUGUUGAGUCUUCUGUUUCAGUGCGUGACCUUGACCGUAACGGAAGUAUGUCAUUGUUUAACCACUGUGUAAACGCAAUCACCUGAAUAACAAAGCAAGUUGUGUCAGCCACAGCCCGGGAUAAUGAUCCGGAUCUUUCAGUUUAUUUCUGAAGCGUAAUACCGAAGCAGAUUAUCUUUUGAUUAUUCAGUGAGCAAUUCAACAGGUGACACAAUCGGGGAAGGUUGUGAGGAAAGCGAAUGACUCAUUGUCCUUUUGUUUU